ACGUAGUCUUCGAGAUAACCUUGUUGGUUAUAGGUCAUAACUGGAGAAGAUAUUAAUAGGAAUUCAUAUCAAUUUAAUCUUAUUUUUUAAGUAGUGCAUCUCAUGGAAAUGGCUAAUAAUUACCGAUACAUAAACAAAAUAGCACAAAACUUCAGGUGUAUCUCAACCUCUACUGUAAAAAAAGAUGCAUGGCUUUCAAAAAUUUUUGUCAGAAAAAUCGAACCAACCAAAGAAUCCCACAGUCGAAUGUUAAGUGAUAAAGAAAUCAUAUAUGGUCUACAAACACACAAUUUCAGGGCUGAUUCAAAAAAGCCUUAUUUACAGAAUAUGAAGAAUAACUUAGAACUUACUAAAUCAUUAGGAUCUCUGAAUGGUGUUGAAUUGGUUGGGUCUUGGACAGUAAAUGUUGGUGAUCAAGAUCAGGCGUUACAUUUGUGGAAAUUCAAUGGAGGUUAUGAAACCAUUGAUGCUUAUAGCAGGGUUAUAGAAGAAAAUCAGGAAUUCCAAAAACUCAAUGAAGAACAGGGAAAAUUAGUGAGAUCCCGGCAUUUACAGUAUUUAUUGGCAUUUAGUUAUUGGCCUCAAAUCCUGCUGAGGCAAAACAAAAAUAUUUACGAAAUAAGAUCUUACGCUCUCAAACCCGGUACAAUGAUAGAAUGGGGUAACAAUUGGGCUCGUGCAAUCAACUUCAGAAAAAAUAAUGAUGAGCCAUUUGCUGGAUUUUUCUCCCAAAUUGGAAGACUUUAUAAUGUACAUCAUAUUUGGUGCUAUGAAGAUCUUAAUAGCAGAAAAGAAACAAGAGAGAGUGCUUGGAGAGCCCCAGGAUGGGAUGAAUGUGUUGCUUAUACUGUACCCCUCAUUAGAGAAAUGCAUUGCCGUAUAAUGGAACCUACAGAAUUUUCUCCAACAAAAUGAAAAUAUACUCGUACUUCGAUAUUGGCAUAGGUAAUUUUGCCAAUUUUAUUAAAAGUUAAUUUUUUAAAUUAUAUGGAUUUUACGUCAAUUAUUUUUCCUUUUGAAUUGUAAGUUUGAAAUUAUCUAGUAAUGAGAUUUGAUUAUAUAUUUUAUUAUAUUAUUGUGGUUUUUGAUGGUGAAUAUAUCAUGGUAUAUAAGA